AUGCGACGAGCUCUCAAGCGGCGCAACAUUAUGAUCUUUGCAAGUGAAGUGCCUGUAAUAAGCGCACUAAAUCCGUAUCGCAAGAUCGAAGACGUCUUCCUCAACGUCUGGCGCCGCACGAAUCCUCGACAAGUCUCUGCCUUGCAACAAUCCCUCGCCCUCGCUGUCCUCCCGAGCCAAGAAGAGACGAUGCGAGCCAUUGUCCAGGACUUGGGCGUUGCACCAGCCAUUGCAAAGCUGCUUGAAAAAGCCUCGACAGCCGAUACGAUCCAACAGGUGGCACAGGCUCAAGCUCAAGUGGUACACUCGUUGCCGAGUUCCACACCCACUGCCGUCAAGUCGGACGUGGUCCAGUUCGUCACGUCGUCUAUGCACAAAGUAUUUGGUGCCCAGCACGAAAAUGCAGGUAUCGAAGCGUAUGAGAAGAAGAAGCGUCUGGUUGUACACGAGCGCAACGUUGUGUUUGCAAAGCGACAGGUCGAGGCACACGGACCGUUUGCUGUGUUUGUCGGUGGCAAAGUCGACGGUCGAGCCGAUGGAAAAGUCAUUGAAGUGAAGAAUCGACUCAAGAAGUUCUUGUCGCCAUUGCCCAAGUACGACAUUGCGCAGCUACAGACGUAUUUGUUCAUACUGGGAGUGCAAGAAGGCGAGAUCGUCGAGCACUUGCAGGCUGCGACGACGCAGACAAAGAUGACGCCAGUGGCGUGGGACGACAAGAUGUGGCGUACCGACAUUGUGCCGUACCUUGUCAGGUUUAGCAGUGCGUUGACGUACUUGAUGCAAGAUGCGACGGUGCAGAAGGACUAUCUCCAAUCGGAUAGCGCACAACAGCGAGAGAUUAUCAGACACCUCUGGAGUCGCGAAGUGCAGCAGACGAUGCCAUGA